UCAAGAUUUGAAGAAAUUUCCAACAUUCUCUAACAACAUUUCAGUGAAAUUUCUCAUACAAGAAGAUUCUCCUUCCUAACCUUAUAAAUUAAUCCUCAAAACAUUUGUCUUCCACAUUCCAUUUCAUACUCAAAUAAAUCUCUCUUACACCAUGGCAACACCAUCCAUCACAAGCACAACCACACCAAUCUUCAUCUCAACCACCACACUCCGAUCAAUCCUCUCCCACAAAACCCUAAUUAGCCACCUCAAAUCCACCCUUCCAAACGCCUCUCUUUCUCUCUCUACCCCACCUCGUCACUCUCUCUCUACAUCCCAAAAUUCCACUCUUCUCCUCAUGCCUUCUUUCUCUACCUCCCCUUCUCUCCCUUACAUUGGGGUCAAACUUGUAACUUCACAUCCUCAAAACUCUUCCCUUAAUUUACCCGGAAUUCAUGCUUGUUACACCCUCUUUCACUCCCUUAGUGGACAAACCCUAGCUUUAUUUGAUGCUACUGAACUUACCCUUUUCAGAACUUCCUCAAUUUCAGGUUUAGGUUCAUUAUAUUUGUCAAAUUUUGAUUCCCAUGUUCUUGUUAUGGUGGGUUCUGGUAAUUUAUCACCCCAUUUGAUCACUGCCCAUUUGAGUGUUAGGCCUAGCAUUAAAAGGGUGAUCAUUUGGAAUCGAACCGCCGAGAAGGCGGCUGCAUUGGCAGAUAGAUUGACAAGAGAGAAAGGUUUUGAAGGGGUGACAUUUGAGAGUAAUGGGUGUUUAGAGGAUGUGAUUGGGUUGGGUGACAUUGUGAGUUGCGCCACGAAUUCGGAGCAUGAAUUGGUUGAAGGAGUGAAGUUGAAGGAAGGAGCUCAUCUUGAUCUUGUUGGGUCGUUUAAACAGACGAUGAAAGAGUGUGACGACGAGGCGAUAAGGAGGGGGAGAGUGUUUGUUGAUAAUGAGGUUGCAUUGGAGGAAGCUGGGGAAUUGGUUGGUGCUUUUGAGAGAGGAGUGAUUUCUAAGGAUGAUGUUUGUGGGACUUUGGUGGAAUUGAUCAAAGGUGAUAAGGUUGGGAGGAAGAAUGAUAAGGAAAUUACUGUGUUUAAGUCUGUUGGUUCUGGGGUGGUUGAUCUUCUUACUGCUCAGUUAGUGUAUGAAACUGUCAUCAGAGAUCAAAUUGGGCAGUGCUAACUGCUAAUGGUUUAUGAUGAUGUAUACCUGAUUUUUUGGUAUAGAAGUUUUGUACUAUUGCAUCUUAGAUAAGAAUAAAAGUCCAUGUUCUUUUGGACUUAUUUUCA